GAGAGGGGCCGAGCUGGCCCCACCCAGCAGCGAGCGCAGGCCCGCGGAGCAGCCCCGCAGCCCUUCGCCCGCAGCGCCGCCCGGCCGGGACAGGGCGCGCCAGGCCCAUCUCAGCCAUGAGGAGCAGCAGUGCCCGGGCAUGGCAGGAGCUGCUGGCCCUGCUCUGCAGCGUCUGGCUCUGGGUGGGCGCUGCCCAGCGCACCGGGCCCACGCCCACAGCGCAGAGCCAGGGCCCCAAGCUGAAGUUCCGCCUGGCCGGGUACCCCCGCAAGCACAACGAGGGGCGCAUCGAGGUCUUCUACAAUGAGGAGUGGGGCACCAUCUGCGACGACGACUUCACGCUGGCCAACGCCCACGUGCUGUGCCGCCACCUUGGCUUCGUGGCCGCCACCGGCUGGGCCCACAGCGCCAAAUAUGGCAAAGGCGUUGGGCGGGUCUGGCUGGACAAUGUGAACUGUGGGGGCAGCGAGAAGAGCAUCGCGGACUGCAAGUCCCGGGGCUGGGGGAACAGUGACUGCAGCCACGAGGAGGACGCGGGCGUGAUCUGCAAGGACGAGCGCAUCCCGGGCUAUGUGGACUCCAACGUCAUCGAGGCCGAGCAGAACCAGGUGGAGGAGCUCAGGCUGCGGCCUGUGGUCUCGGCUGCCAGGAAGCGGCUGCCGGUGACAGAGGGCGUGGUGGAGGUGCGCUACAAGGAGGGCUGGGCGCAGAUCUGCGACGAGGGCUGGAACCCCAAGAACAGCCGCGUGGUCUGCGGGAUGAUGGGCUUCCCGGCCGAGAAGAAGGCCAACAGGAACUUCUACAAGCGGUUAAAGCGAGCAGCCAAGAUAAAGAGCCGGAGCCCAGGGCCGGGUGCAAGGCCGGUCUCCAAAGCUCGCCCCAAACACAAGCACAGGGAGGACUUUGGGGUUCCCAAGAGGUUGUACCUGGAACGGCAGCAGCUCAGCUACCGGCUGCACUCAGUGGCCUGCACGGGGAACGAGGUGCACAUCUCCAUGUGCCCCUUCGAAUUCUACAAGGGCAACGCCACGGCGGCCUGCAAAGGCGGGAUGCCCGCUGUGGUGAGCUGCAUGCCAGGGCCCCUCUUCGCCACUGGCAGUUCCCCAAAGAAGCAGCAGCAGCGGCAGCAGCAGCAGGGCCAGCAGCGCGUCCGGCUGAAGGGUGGUGCCAAGGCUGGGGAAGGCCGGGUUGAGGUGCUGAAGAACAGUGAGUGGGGCACGGUCUGCGAUGACCGCUGGAACCUGCUGACAGCCAGCGUGGUGUGCCGUGAGCUGGGGUUCGGCAGUGCCAAGGAGGCUCUGACGGGAGCACGCAUGGGCCAAGGGAUGGGUCCCAUCCACAUGAAUGAGGUGCAGUGCACAGGCUCGGAGAAGUCGCUGUGGAGCUGCCCCUAUAAGAACAUCACGGCGGAGGACUGCAAGCACUCCGAGGACGCCGGGGUCCGCUGCAACAUCCCCUACAUGGGCUACGAGACCACGAUUCGCCUGAGCGGGGGCCGGAGCCGCUUCGAGGGGCGGGUUGAGGUGGCGCUGGGCACUGGGAGCAGUGGUGGCCCCACCUGGGGCCUGAUCUGUGGCGAUGGCUGGGGCACCCUGGAGGCCAUGGUGGCUUGUCGCCAGCUGGGCCUGGGAUUCGCUAACCAUGGCUUACAAAUCCGAAUAGUAGGAGGAAGGACCCCAACCGAGGGCCGCGUGGAGGUGAAGCGAGGCAGUAAGUGGGGAACGGUCUGCAGUGAGGGCUGGACCACCAAGGAAGCCAUGGUGGCAUGUCGCCAGCUCGGCCUGGGCUACUCCUUGCAUGCAGUGAUGGAGACGUGGUACUGGGAUGCCAGCAACGUGACGGAGAUGGUGCUGAGCGGUGUGAGGUGCGCUGGCCACGAGAUGGCACUGAGCCACUGCCAGCACCACGGAAACAGCCUCAACUGCAAGAGGACGGGCACCCGCUUCGCCGCCGGGGUCAUCUGCUCUGAGACUGCCUCGGACCUGCUGCUGCACGCCCCGCUGGUCCAGGAAACGGCCUACAUUGAGGACCGUCCCCUGCACAUGCUGUACUGUGCCGCAGAGGAGAACUGCCUCUCCAGCACUGCCCGCAACGCCAACUGGCCCUACGGGCACCGCCGCCUGCUGCGCUUCUCCUCCCAGAUCCACAACAACGGCCGCGCCGACUUCCGCCCCAAGGCCGGGCGCCACUCCUGGGUCUGGCACGAAUGCCAUAGGCACUAUCACAGCAUGGACAUCUUCACCCACUACGACCUCCUGACCCCCAAUGGCACCAAGGUGGCCGAGGGCCACAAGGCCAGCUUCUGCCUGGAGGACACGGAGUGCCAGGAAGACGUGGCCAAGCGGUACGAGUGCGCGAACUUCGGAGAGCAGGGCAUCACCGUGGGCUGCUGGGACCUGUACAGGCACGACAUUGACUGCCAGUGGAUCGAUAUCACCGAUGUCCGGCCCGGCAACUACAUCCUGCAGGUGGUGAUUAACCCCAACUACGAGGUGGCCGAGAGCGACUUCACCAACAACGCCAUGAAGUGCAACUGCAAAUACGACGGGCAUCGCAUCUGGGUGCACAACUGCCAUAUCGGUGACGCCUUCAGCGAAGAGGCCAACAAGCGGUUUGAACAGUACCCAGGACAGCUCAACAACCAGAUCGUAUAGUGACCCCUCUCCCCCCACCGUCCCCACGCACAGCCGGGUGCUCCAAGGAGGAAGCCGUUUGUCCCGGGGCAGUGCCACGUCCCGGGCUGGCAGCAGGCUGGCUUGCGGGGCUCUGUGCCCAGGGGCAGCCUCUGGCCCAGCCUGGCUGUGGAGUCCUCAGGAAUCUCUGAUCUCAGGCAGGAUUUUCCUGGGCUGAUGUGGCCACCACCUUCUUGUCUGGCCGCACAGGGCCUCACAGGAGGUAGGCUCUGGGCACUGCGCCCCACGGCACCCAGCCCUGCUCGGGGAGAACUGUGGACUUCUACCAUGGGGCAGUACGGGGGCUUCCGCACCUCGGUGUGGGGGUGAGGAGCAGCAUGACCCCAAGCAGGGCAGGGUUAGAACCUGGGCCAAAUCCAGCAGCUUCCUCUCCCUGGGAGAAGCUGGAGAGGUGUGUGGAUGGCCAUCUGCUGCCUCCAGCUCUGCCCCUGCCCUCCAUCCUCUCCUCCCACCACUGCCCCACACUCAUCCUGCCCCUCCACCCCUGGCCUGACCAGCCCCCCCGGUUCCUAGCCAUUCUCCUGCCCAGCGGACACAGGAACCUCAUGGAAGAGCUGGCACCGGCUCCAGGCACCUUACGCAGCAUCCCUUUGCCCAUGUCACCUGCAGGGCUGGCCAGGUCUGGGCCGUCGCGCCUUUCUGCGUGGCUAUGGACUGAGAGCCGACCCACAUCAGGCUGCUCUGCUCGCAGCCCCAGCUCCUGCUUCCCGGACUGUGGCUGGGACGCCCUGUCUCUCAGUUGUCAUUUUAUUUUCCGUAUAAAAGUGACGGUCUGUUUC